UACCCAUGAUGCCUAAACCACAUGUUUCUCUACUCCUUUGUGCUUGUGUCGUCUUGCUCAACGUCGUCUCUCACUGCGCUGAUGAGGCGUCCCCUGCCAUUUUCAUCCUAGGCGACUCAACCGCAGAUGUUGGGACGAACCAGUAUCUGCCCCACGCAAUUUUCCGAGCUGAUUUCCCUCCCUAUGGCAUUGACUUCCCCAAAUCGCGCCCAACGGGAAGGUUCAGCAACGGCUUCAACAGUGCCGAUUUUAUAGCCAGAUUUUUUGGCCUAAAGAGGAGCCCACCUUCCUACAUGUUUCUUCUUACACUGAAUCCUCAUCGUUUCCGAAAGCAUCUUCUGAAAGGCGCUAACUUUGCAUCAGCCGGUGCAGGAGUUCUCGAUAUAACAGGUCCAACCGGGAGCGUCGUGCCAUUGUCACAGCAGGUUAGUCAGUUCUCUGAAGUGAGGAGCAAUCUCACACUUCAGCUUGGCUCCGCUGCAGCAGACUCGAUGCUCUCGAAAUCCAUGUUCUUCAUCAGUGUAGGGAGCAACGACAUAUUCGGCUAUUUCCAAACCAACAGCACAAUGAGUAAAGACAACUUCAUUGCCACUGUGAUCACAACAUAUUCAGACCAAAUCAGGAAACUGUACAAGCUCGGAGCGAGAAAGUUUGGUAUUAUAAGCGUGCCACCUGUGGGGUGCUGCCCGUCUCAAAGACUAGUGCAGAAACUACUCUACGGAACCGAUGGCUGCUUUGAGAUGCAGAAUGACUUCGCCUUGACAUUUCACUCGGCGCUGGAGGCGCUUCUGAGCCACCUCAGCUCUAAGCUACUGGGAUUCAAGUACUCGCUUGGAAACGGAUACAGAAUGUCGAUUGAUGUCAUAAACAAUCCACAUGCCUCGGGAUUCGAGAAUGUGGAUGCAGCAUGCUGUGGAAACGGGCUACUGAACGCGCAAGCCCCGUGUAACUCUUCAGCAACGGUCUGCACAGACCGACGCAAGUUUUUGUUUUGGGAUAUGUUCCAUCCUACUAAGAAAGCAGCCUUUCUUGCUGCACAGACACUCUAUAAUGGCCCUCCAAAUUAUGUAUCACCAAUUAACUUUUCUCAGCUGGCUGAGGACUAUUAGUAUCAACAAACUUGUUUUUUUCCUUACACUUUUCAAGAUUAAAUGAUGAAUGCAGGUCAUCAUGGAUUUCAGUUUCAUAUCAUCGUCGUUGUAGUCGUUGUUUAGUCUGGGAUCAAUAAGGCGUUCGUAUACACUACACGCCACUGAUGCAACUGAAACUAGGAUCAACUA